ACCACGAACAUUACCCAGAGUGUUAUAGAGAGUCAGAGCACGGUGACCUUCCUCCUGCUGUUUGAUACGAUUUCGGCCAAGUAGCGACCAACAUACUUUUCCGCCCUUUUAAGUUCUCACUUCUAUCUCUCUUGUCGCGAAGAUGCAAUCCCUUUAGCAGUCAAGAUUUCUACUGGUUUCGUCUCUAUUCGUCGCCAUUCUAUCAGAAACGUAGACAUCAGGAUUUUGCGAACCAGUGUCACCUAGCCAUUUUUGGUGAUUUGGUCAAAUAUUCAACGAUUGGAUUCUGGAAUUCGAUUACAUUAGCUACAAAGAGCGGGCGGGAGAUAUUUGAGAGGCACAGGAAUGGCGCUUUCGGCUUCGGAUUUGAAUGCGAUAUACUCGUUGCUGACCAAUUCGAUGAGCGGCGAUGAAAGCGUUCGCAAGCCAGCAGAGGCGGCGCUCUCUCAGUUCGAGAGUAGGCAGGGCUUCUGUUCUUGCCUCAUGGAAGUGAUUACUGCAAAGGAUUUAGCGCCUCAGGUUGCCGUUCGAUUGAUGGCGUCGGUGUACUUCAAAAACACUAUUAAUCGUUAUUGGAGAAUCAGACGUGAUUCUGUAGGAAUUAGCAAUGAGGAGAAGUUACAUCUCAGACAAAAAUUGCUGUCACACUUGAGAGAAGAAAACUACCAGAUAGCUGUGAUAUUAGCUGUGCUCAUUUCAAAAAUUGCCCGCGUGGAUUAUCCCAAAGAAUGGCCGGAGCUAUUUUCUGUCUUAGCACAACAGCUUCAGUCAACAGACGUUCUUACUUCUCACAGGAUUUUUCUAAUUAUUUUUCGAACAUUAAAGGAAUUGUCCAUUAAACGCCUACCGGCUGAUCAGAGGAACUUUGCUGAGAUAUCCUCCCAUUUAUUUGAUUAUAGCUGGCGUCUAUGGCAGAACGACAUACAAACCAUAUUGCAUGGUUUCUCUAUGCUUGCUCAGAGCCACAAGUCAAAUGCUUUGGAGCAGCAUCAAGAACUUUAUUUAACAUGUGAGAGGUGGCUGCUGUGUUCAAAAAUAAUACGCCAGUUGGUUACUUCAGGCUUUCCAAGUGAUGCAAAAUGUGUACAGGAGGUUCAACCAGUCAAGCAGGUUUGUCCUGUGCUCUUGAAUGCCAUCAAGUCGCUGCUUCCGUACUAUUCAUCUUUUCAGAAGGGGCAUCCUAAAUUUUGGGAUUUUGUAGAGAGGGCUUGUAUAAAAUUGAUGAAGGUUCUGGUUGCAAUUCAUGUCCGACAUCCUUAUUCAUUUGGUGAUAAGUGUGUGCUUGCGCCUGUCAUGGAUUUCUGUUUGAUUACAAUAACAGAUCCUGAGCCAGUGAUAUUAUCCUAUGAUCAAUUCCUAAUUCAGUGUAUGGUAAUGGUGAAACACAUACUAGAAUGUAAGGAAUAUAAACCAAGCGUCACCGGUCGUGUGAUGGAUGAAACUGGGAUUACAGUAGAGCAGACAAAGAGAGCCAUCUCUAAAAAUGUUGGUGGUAUUCUGGCUUCCGUUUUGCCACCCGAGCGCGUAGUACACCUUUGUAAUGUAUUGAUAAGAAGGUAUUUUGUUCUUACAGCACGUGAUUUGGAGGUAUGGUACCGGAACCCUGAAUCUUUCCAUCAUGAACAGGAUAUGGUUCAAUGGACAGAGAAGCUGAGGCCUUGUGCUGAAGCUUUAUACAUUGUGUUGCUUGAAAACAAUGUCCAACUGCUAGGUCCUAUUGUGGUCUCCAUCCUUCAAGAGGCAAUGAAUGGUUGCCCAACAUCUGUGACUGAAAUCACUCCGGGCCUGCUACUUAAGGAUGCUGCUUACGGUGCUGCUGGAUAUGUUUACUAUGAGCUCUCAAACUACCUGAGCUUCAAAGAUUGGUUUAAUGGUGCUUUAUCAUUUGAACUCUCCAAUGAUCAUCCGAAUUUGCGCUUUAUCCAUCGGAAAGUUGCAAUGAUUUUGGGACAGUGGGUUUCUGAGGUUAAAGAUGACACAAACAGACAAGUUUAUUGUGCUUUGAUCAGAUUGCUACAGAACAAAGACCUAUCUGUCAGGUUGGCAGCUUGUCGAUCUUUAUGUUCACAUAUAGAAGAUGCAAAAUUUUCUGAACAAGACUCUAGUGAUCUUCUUCCUACUACUUGGGAUUCGUGUUUUAAGUUGGUUGAGGAAGUUGAAGAGUUCGACUCAAAGGUUCAGGUAUUGAAUUUGAUAUCUGUUCUUAUUGAACGUGUCAGUGAAGUCAUUCCAUUUGCAAACAAGUUGGUGCAAUUCUUUCAGAAGGUCUGGGAGGAGUCUUCGGGUGAGAGCCUGCUGCAGAUGCAGCUUCUUAUUGCUCUGCAGAACUUUGUAGUUGCACUUGGCUAUCAGUCACCAAGUUGCUACAACAUGCUGCUGCCCAUCAUCCAGAAGGGAAUUGAUAUUAAUAGCCCAGAUGAACUCAAUCUUCUAGAAGAUAGCAUGCUGUUGUGGGAAGCCACCCUUUCUCAUGCCCCUGAAAUGGUGCCUCAACUACUGGCAUACUUUCCUUGUCUGGUUGAGAUCAUGGAAAGAAGUUUUGAUCACUUACAGGUUGCUGUCAAUAUCAUCGAGGGGUACAUUGUUUUGGGUGGAUCUGACUUUCUUAGCGUGCAUGCGUCUGCUCUUGCUAAGCUCCUUGAUCUGAUUGUUGGAAAUGUUAAUGAUAAAGGACUGCUCAUAACUCUUCCUGUCGUUGAUAUUCUAGUACAGUGUUUCCCAAUAGAAGUGCCCCCAUUGAUUAACAGUACCUUACAAAAAUUAGUUGUUAUUUGCUUAAGUGGAGGAGAUGACCGUGAUCCUUCUAAGGCAGCUAUUAAAGCAUCUUCUGCUGCUAUCCUGGCUAGGAUUUUGGUGAUGAAUACGAAUUACCUUGCACAAGUAGCAUCAGAUCCAUCGCUUUCGGUACUCGUACAGCAGGCUGGUGUCCCUAUAGAAGAAAAUAUACUUCUAUGUCUAGUUGACGUAUGGAUUGACAAGGUAGACAAUGUCUCUUCCACUCAAAGAAAGAUAUUUGGUUUAGCCCUUUCUAUCAUCCUUACAUUAAGGCUGCCUCAAGUUCUUGAUAAACUUGAUCAGAUCCUUAGCGUAUGUACUGGUGUAAUUUCGGGUGUGAAUGAUGACUUAGCUGAAGAAGAGUCGAGUGGUGAUAACAUGAGCUCCAGCAGCUUCCAUGGUGAGAGCACUAUUCCGAGUAAAGAGUUCAGAUGUAGACAGAUUAAGUUUUCAGACCCUAUCAACCAGUUAUCUCUAGAGAAUUCUGUGAGAGACAACCUUCAAACAUGUGCUGCUCUUCAUGGAGAAUUUUUUAGUUCAGCUAUUGGUAAAAUGCAUCCUGCAUUAUUUGCUCAAGUGAAGCAGGCUUUGAAGAUGCCAUAGUCAUUGAAGUCACUCUUUGUUGUAAUCUUUCUGUGUUCUCGUGCUUGGAGACCUUCAGGCUUUCGUACUUUUCCAUGCUUGAGAGGAUAUGCGGUUACAUUGAUGUUUCUUUGAGGUGUUCUGCCAGGUGGGUUGAUGAUUUCUAAAUUCUUUGUAUUUCUUGUACCACUGUUUUGAGUGAUGGGUGCUCAUUUCAUUAUUCACACGUUCGAUUUGUAUAUGUCGGGACGCUGUAUAUAGCUUGCCGAUCCUUCCAUGUCUUGUUUUUCUUCGGCACAGAAGGGUUGCAGCAAUUGAGUUAAUAGGUUUUAUUGUCAAUCACCUAUUGGGCUUGAAAUUAUACCAGAGACGGAAGCGCAAUGUGCAUGGCGUUUUUGAAAUUUUACAAGAGGGGAAGUAAUGUGCAUGGUGUUUUUGUAGCGGGGAUCAAAAUAUUUGUCUUUUCUGUUUAUUAUUUUGUUAUAAAUUCCUCUCACUGAAAAAAAAAAUUGAGGACAAUGGCAUACAUGGAUUUUUACCUCG